UGAAAAUCUAAGUUUGAAAAUAUAUAUAACUUUACCACGGCCACCAAAAUUUUGUUUUUACAGAAUCAUCAUCAUAAAAUAACAAAUAGCAUCAUAAAUCUAGCACCGCUAACUUAACUAGUCAGUUAAACCCGCCACUUAAACUUAGAAAAAGAAGCAUAGAUUGAAACUUUAAACUCCCAAAUUGAAGCAUUAAAACAUUCAACUUCCGUUUUACUACAACUACCCAAACUACUGCUCCUCCAGGUUCAUCAACCAACUGAAAAGAGUUAUAAGACCAUCAAUAUGAAACUUCAAAGCUUUUACCUUCUUACUUUCAUUUUCAUGUGUUUCUAUAUAAUGGACAUCAAAGCAUAUAAUUCUGACACAAAUUUGGAUUUGAUUCUUUGCAGUUGUAGAAUUUGGGUAGAGGAUUCAAAUGGUAAUCGCAUAGCUGGUGACAAAAACUACCAUGAUUGUAGUUACAAUUCCUAUGGCUCAAAUUAUCAUGAAACCCUUAAUUUCUCAGAUCAAACAUACACGGUUUAUGCUAAAGUUGAAGCUAGUUUCGAGAAAACGAAAAAACGAGGACCUUAUAAUGGAAAUACCUGUUUCCAUAUACAUGGCAAUGUUGAUCAUUGGGAAUUUGACGAAACAUCUUGUUAAUUGUUUAUUUGGCUAUUAUCCCAGUAUGUUGAAGAUGUGAACCAAUUAAAUCAGUUUCUCUAGUUCCUAUUAUGAUAUAUGUCUAUUUAUUAUUUUAAUUUAUUAUAUUCAUAUUAUUUGACACAC